GAUAUUUGUCCAUAUGGUAAAAAGGCUGUGCAAUCCUUUCAGAUUCCUUCCAAGGCAAUAAGUGACAAGUACUGUUGGUGUUUAAGGUUUGCUCAAGCCCCUUGUUCAGCUGUGGCUUGGCGAUCCCUCAACGUCAUGGCUGAUAAAACCAAGCUCUUCAAACAAAAAGAAAACAAACCUAGAAAACCACUCCUCCCCGAAAAGGCUCAAAAACAACAACCUCACGAUACCCUCACUUUCUUAUACGCCUCACCUACUCAGUGUGAGUCAAUAUAUCUCAGAUGUCGAAAAGAAAUAGCGGCAAUGCCGCAAAUGGCACAACAAAGGACUCAACAGUUGGUGGGCCAGCUAUAGAUAAACAGAAGAGAUUGUUAGAGAAAGAUACAGGGCACUUCUCCAUGAUUAAGAUGUUGCAUCUUGCGGAUUUGAUCACCGAACUCAAUGGCUUCUGUGGUGUUAUGUCUGUAUUUGCCUCGAUGCGAUAUUGUCUGGGGCCAUCAGAUGCGCACGGAAACCUCUGGGCGGCCUUAGCUUUUAUGCCUUUUGGAUUGUUCUUCGAUUUCAUGGAUGGGAAAGUUGCAAGGUGGAGAAAGAAGAGUAGUAUGAUGGGUCAGGAAUUGGAUUCUUUGGCGGAUUUGGUCUCCUUUGGCGUUUCUCCCGCCGCUGCAGCUUUUGCUAUCGGUAUUCGUACUCCUCUCGAUCACCUCUUCCUUACUUUCUUCGUCCUCUGCGGUCUCACCCGUCUCGCUCGCUUCAAUAUCACCGUAGCAAAUGUUCCUAAGGAUGCCACUGGAAAGAGUAAAUAUUUCGAAGGCACGCCGAUCCCUACUUCCCUCUCCAUUGCCGCAUUAAUGGCAUACUGGGUAUCCAAGGGCUGGAUCUUGGACAACAUACCAUUAGGAACAGUGGGCACUGGUACCAUUUUUGAAUUCCAUCCUGUCGUGGGACUUUUUGUUCUUUGGGGCUGCAUGAUGACCAGUAAGACCAUUCAUAUUCCUAAGCCAUGAUUGAAACAUUAUGCUGGGAAUCGAGUGUGGAUUAUGAAGGGAGGAAAGCGAUGGAAAGGGAUGGUAAUAGACAUACCCGGUUUGGUGGUUGGGUGGAGAUGAAGCAUGUAUUAUGAUACCUUGAAGUUUAUGAAUUGGCGCAAAUACACCUAUUGAAUGCAGUUCUCUUUUCAAGUUAUAUAUAACGAUCAUGUGCAAGUGAAGAAAUCGUUGGUUUAUA